ACUAUUAUUCUGCAAUGUAGAAAAAAGUAAAAAUAAAGAACCCUUGAAUGAGUAGGUGUGUCCAAACCUUUGACAGGUAAUGUACAUCAAAUACCUGAAUUCACACAAUCUUUCUCCUUUAUACCAUUACAGCACAGUAGACAUUUUAUCUAUGUACAUUUCAGAUGCCUGUGUGUGUACUCUGCUGUGGCCUGACGCACAGGCAGGUAUUUUUGAGUACUGUACCUUUAAAAAAUACAUUUAAAAAGAGCUCCCCAAGAAAACACUACAUAUUUUUAGUAACUACUCAUAUCAUUGCAAUUUUAAUAGUUUGUUCCCUUUUCCAUAUAUGACUCAUGCAUCCCAGUCAUAAUAAUAUAGACUGCUGCUGUUGGAUUCAUUCCCAUUAUACUCUUUGUGUAGGGAGAGAGAGUUCUGUUCAAACCAUAUCUGAUUGGUUUUUAACACCAGCUGCUGUGUGAGAUGGGGAAAUGUCGAGUCCCUCUCUUCCCCCUGUGCCUCAGCAAUGCCCUGCAGUUUUCCUCAAUUACUCAUUCAUGAAGCUCCACUGUUUGAUAUUUCAUAGGGUGCCUGCUUGGGCCUCCUUUGUGCGGUGUCGUCUGCCUAGGCUGGCUCUCUGGCGCAGUGAGAGGAAAGGAAGGGAAUUACAACCUUGGUAGUUAGAGCUGUGUUCGCUGUCUCUCUCCUCACAGAAACACUGAAGGGAACUAGCUGGGGCCAGUUCAGGAAGGCUGAAAUGAACCUUUGUGUUGAAAAUUGUAACCUCAUAAACCAACAUUUAACAAAGAUGUGAUUUUCUUUAAAUCAUGGAGUAUAUCUGUAGAGCAAAUAUCUUAUAUCUAUUUUGGAACAUUUCAGUGUGCUGGCUCUCUCACAGAAUGACACGCUCUCAGAAGAACUAGCAGGAAGCCCUCAUUCUGACAGGCACUAAUGCUGCCGGGACAUCAAUCUGCAUUAGCUCAAGAUCAGCGCGGAGUACUAUUCACUCCUUGUAUAGUGUAUAUAUUGCCAUAGUAUAUAUUUUUGCCUUUGAACAGUGUAUGGAAUAUGUAAUGAUAAAAUUGAGUUCCCAGAAAUAUCAUGAAUAAGUUGUUAACACGGAAAGACCUUAAUAACCUUCUCCAGGAAAGAAAUGUAUCUUUAUGUAUAAUAGUGAUGUACAUAUUCUGAACCAAAAUAUAAAUGCAUGUAAAUUGUUGGUCCUGUGUUUCAUGAGCCGAAACAAAAAAUCCCAGAAAUGUUCCAAAUGCACAAAAAGCUUGUUUCUCUCAAAUGUUGUGCACAAAUUUGUUUGUGAAGCUCAUCUGUGUGCUCGUCAUCCUCACCAGGGUCUUGACCUGACUGGUGUUUGGCGUCGUAACCGACUUCAGUGGGCAAAUGCUCACCUUCGAUGGAGAAGUGUGCUCUUUAUGGAUGAAUCCCGGUUUCAACUGUACCGGGCAGAUGAGUUGGAUAUAUCCAGGUAUCACAAGAAGGGACACUAUAGGAAGCUUGGCUCGCCAAAGAAUGAUACCACAGAUGAUCUUACUGAUAACACUAGGACUGCAGAGAGAGCCUCAAUGAGAUGGCCACCCUCCCUCACGGUUUUGAGGACAGCAGAGCCGCACUUACGACAGACCCAGUCCAUCCUCGCUCACCCUCCCUGCAUCCCCCUGAAGCACACCCCACCCAGCCCUCAUGGACAGGGAUAUCCACCACAUCCACCUCAGCCUUCAGCCAAGGAGCGGUCCAAGUCGGUGGAGCCCAGAUACGAGCCACGCCACCUGGAAUUUAACUUUCUGCGCAUGGCCUCUACCAUGGAGCAGGUAGAGGGGGAGCUCCAGUACCGGUGCGCUGGGUGCCUGUUGCUCUAUCCCAGCCUGGCUGCGCUGCAGAACCACAUCGGCCUCAGCUGGAUGGAGGGCUUCAGCUGCCGCGUCUUCUACAAGAAGCUGAGGGAGAUCCGCAACAGGAACGAAACCAAGAAGCUCCACGAGAGGGUCCAAACAAGUAGUGUCGCUGAGAAGCAGCUGAGGCCACCAACGUGCGGGGCAGCACUGGGCCUUGCUAGAGGGGGUAGGAGUGGAGCGCAGACAGGGCUGAAGCAGGGAGCUCCUCCUGGAGCUGCAGGAAGGAAGGACCAGGGGGCACCCAACCACAGGUUGACUCUGGAGUCGGUGGAGAUCAUAAGGAGGAACACAGCCGUUCACAAGUGGCUGAAUGAGAUCGAAUGUUACCCCUUCCCUGAUGUCACCCAGUCACCAGAGAGAGCAUAAAAACAUCCCUCUUUUUGAUUCCUCAGUUUCACUGAAUGAGAAAGACUAUUGGCAUUGAAUUAAAAACUAUUGGCAUUACAUUUCUCAGUGUAAAGGUGUCAUUGCUGUCCUUAGAGGAUUUGCUCUGGGAUGGUGGGACUGGUUUGUGUUUUUCACAAGCAGAUAAGUUGCUGUCUGUGUUCACGCAUGUGUGAAUUAAAAUACCAUCACUGCUGACCAGA